UGCGAUUAUCUGAGUAGGAAACCCGAGUUUUAAUACUGCAAUAGCCACAGUGAGGACGUGUGUAUAAAAUUAAGUGCGUCUAUCAUCGGGAAUAUUCAAUUAUCAGCCAUUUAAACGCUUAACAAAGAAAAGGCGACAUGUUGGAAAGAUAACCGUGCACACUCUCCCACUCACACACACAAGUAAAAAUCAAGAGCGAACGCGCUUAAAAGUGUUUUGUGCGCCGUUUGGAGCGACAGUUCGCUUUCGAGUUCCCCAUCACACAACACAAAGCAAAGCAUUAGCUCUACUGAAAAACAGAUUACGCUGUCAACCAGAAGGUACUGGAGACCAUUCGAGAAUUUAAAAUAAUCCCAAUCAAAGCCCAUCAAAUUGAAGCAGGCGACGCCUUCUGUGCCAGUGUGUGUAAAGGCAGCUAGAUUUCGAUUUCGAUAAAGAGAGAGGCCUAUUUAACAAAUCAGCCCAACUCGAGUCGCCUCAUUCUCAUUUGUGCAUUUCAAGCAAAACAAACUAAAGUGACAAACAAAUUUGUUCUGUGAUUUCGUGCUAAAGACUUCCAUUCGACGAUCAAAGAUGGUGAAAUUAAUCGCUAGCCUGCUUCUGUUGGCCGUGGUGGCCCAGGCCUAUGGAGACUUCAAGUCCAAGAAAGAAAGCAAAAGUUUCGCGAAAGAUCUGGUGAAAGAGGCAAAAACGCAAAAACAAAAACCAAGCAAUGACGAAUGUCAAGAUCAGGGGUGCAAAGGCUCCCUCGAGGUGCCCGAAAUUACCAAGGAUUGGGUGGACAUGAAGGACGCCUGCCUCAAGGGCAUGCGCAACCAGAUCCAGGAGGAGAUCAAUGCCUCCUACCAGUACCUGGCCAUGGGCGCCUACUUCUCCCGAGACACUGUCAACCGCCCCGGAUUCGCGGAGCACUUCUUCAAGGCCGCUAAGGAGGAGCGUGAGCACGGUUCCAAGCUGGUGGAGUAUCUGUCCAUGCGCGGUCAGUUGACCGAAGGAGUCAGCGAUCUGAUCAACGUACCGACUGUGUCCAAGCAGGAGUGGACCGAUGGCGCCAGCGCUUUGCAGGAUGCCCUCGACCUGGAGAUCAAGGUCACCCGCUCCAUCCGCAAGCUGAUCCAGACCUGCGAGGGCAAGCCCUACAACCAUUACCAUUUGGUGGACUACCUGACCGGUGUCUAUCUGGAGGAGCAGCUCCAUGGACAGCGCGAGCUGGCCGGCAAGCUUACCACCCUCAAGAAGAUGAUGGUCUCCCAAGGCGAGCUUGGCGAGUUCCUCUUCGACAAGACCUUGUAAGAAGGUUGAGAUAUUGUGGAGCAGCGCCCAGUCACGCAUCUAAAUUAUCAGCCAGUCGACUUUAUAAAGUGUUCUGUUAUCUGUUAGCCUUUCCCGAGGGUCCGUCAGUAAAUCACCACCAAGUCAACAAAAAACUCUUUGACUGGCCAAUAAAUUAUCUGUUCGACUGCGAUCCUCAAAACCAGUACAGCAAAAUUCCA